AUGUUAAUAGAAGAUGACAAACAGUUCGAAGAAGAAGAGCAAUGGAUUGAACAGUGUCAGGAAACCUUUCUCCGCUUAAGAAUAGAGGCACAAUAUUAUAUGAAGAAACAGACAAUAACUGAUAAGAAAGAAAAGAAUAUGGAAACCGAAGUUAUAAGUACACCAGAAGAAAACCUCCCAAAUUUAGUUCAAGUGAAUGAGAAUGACAUAUCGGCAGCAAGUGAGGAAAAUCAAAACAACAGUGAGAUAACAGCACCAAUAUCAACUCAAGAAGUUCAAGACGAUAAUGGCCAACCCAGAAGUUCUACCAAUGAUUCAGUUCACACAUCUGAAUAUAAUGAGGCGACAGUAAGUCAUGUGAACAAGAGUCAAAGCCUUUUUCGCAUUGAGAAGCCUAAAAUGCCAAUAUUUUCCGGUGACGUCAGAGAAUAUGGGACGUUCAAAUCUGACUUCACACAUCUGGUUGAAAGCAGAUAUAGCAAGAGAGAUGCGAUAACCAUUUUAAGAUUUUGUCUACAAGGAAAACCACUCGAAAUGAUAAAGGGAAUUGGCCAAGACUAUGAUGCUGCAUGGGAAUAUCUGGAAGCAGUCUAUGGGGAUCCCAGAUUUGUAGCCGACAUCAUUACACAAGAUAUCUCUAAGUUUAAGCCUAUGAAAGAGGGAGAGGACGCCCGGUUUUGCAAUCUGGUUCAUCUUGUAAAGAGACGCUUGAACACUCUCAAAGAAGUGGGACGUGAGAAUGGUAUGAAUAACAAUCAUAUGCUGGCUAUCAUUGAACAAAAGAUGUAUGCGGAUGAUCGCAAAGUAUGGUCACGCCACUUGCAAAGUGGCAAAAGUGAGGCUACAUUGGAGACAUUAAUCUUGUGGAUGACUUGUGAGAUGAAGUCGAGAAUGAGAGCUACUGCCCCAGUCAGAAGCUCGUGGCAAUCACCCAAACAUGUCGGACAAUUUGGUGGCAAAGAAGAAGGAAAGUAUGUUAACCAUAAGUGCUGGUAUUGUAAAACGUCAGAACAUUGGACCGACCAAUGCCAAAAGUUCCUCGCCUUGGAUGCCAGCGACCGCCUGAAAGUUGUCAAAGAAAAUCAUGGCUGUUAUAGCUGCUUAAAACGAGCUGGUCGAACCCACAACAUGUCCACUUGUUCGCGAAAGCGUCAAUGCAAUGAGAUGGUCAACGGAGUCCAGUGCAAGCAUUUCCAUCACCCGCUGCUACACAUUAAAAACAAAACGCUUGUGUCAUCUGUCACAACAUGCGGCGAAGCCAUGUUACCCACCAUUCGGACAGAAUCCUGGGUUCACAGAAUGCCAAGAAACAAGUCAAUUUGUUACUAG